AGGGACUCCCCGAAACAAACACACCAACAUAAUAAUUUUCUUCUCCCAAUUACAAUGGCGUCAAUAACAAUGCAAACAUCUAUUCUCAUGAUCUUCACGGUGGUCGCAUUAAUGUCCGGCGAGAGAGCCAUCGCAGUGGACUGCUCCUCGUUGAUACUAAACAUGGCUGAUUGUUUGUCGUUCGUCACGAGUGGUAGUACGGUGGAGAAGCCUGAAGGAACAUGUUGCUCAGGUCUCAAGACUGUGGUUAGGUCAGGACCUGAAUGUAUUUGUGAGGGUUUCAAGAACAGUGCCUCUCUAGGUGUUACUCUUGAUCUUGCUAAAGCUGCUUCUCUUCCUUCAGUUUGUAAAGUUGCUGCUCCUCCAUCUGCUCGUUGCGGCCUCGCUGUCUCUGCAUCUCCACCUGCUAGUGCCCCUGCUUUAUCUCCCACGGCCGGAGCAGGUGCGCCAUCUUCGUCAAGUGAAGCAAAUGCGGCAACUCCAGCGUCAGUCCCUGCCGGGAGUUCCGAUGCGUCUUUGGUCUCUAUCUCUUUUGCAUCUGCUCUAUUUAUCACCCUCAUCUCCUCUUCUUUCUAUUGAGUUGUUUAGGUCAAUUGUAUUGCUUCCGUACUUGAAUUGUUUCUUUCUUUUUUUGUUCUGAAGAGUUUGGCCGAUUACAUUUUCCCUCCAUUUGUUUGAUUUUAUAAAUGAGAAUUCUCUUUUUAGC